AUGGUAAAGGGACUUUUAUUAUCCAGGUUUAUUCCAUCUAGGGUUGCUUCCCAGGCCAUCACACGUUCAAUUAAGCAACAAUUUUUAAGUCCAUGGCCUACUUGGGGAGUAAUCCCUGAUGAUGACAAAGAGCCAUUCUGGGAGCGCUUUCAGAUGAAGGUGCAGUGGAAACCUGAACAUGAAACACAGAUACAAAGAAAUUUCCACAUGAAAGCAUCUCAUCGGCUCUCAGAGAUGUUUAGGGAUGCCCGCAAUGCAGGAGAGCGCCCUUACUGGCUGGGCGAACAAAUUUGGAACUCUUUACUGGCUCAUUGGAAUAUAGUAGAGUUUCGCAAUAAGUGUGCCAAGGCGCAGAGAAACAGAGCAUCUGAAAAGGGUGGCACCCUACAUACUGGUGGGUCGAUAACCAUUCAUGAGCAUGCCAUUCGUAUGGAUGAAUUUUCUACGAGACUUUCACAGGUUAGAUCUGAACAUGAGUCAGCUCCUACACCGGAUGAUGGCAGUAAUGCAGAAGACGACAUCCGUAGGACACAGUGCUGGGUCGACAUCGUUGGUGGAAAGAAAAAGAGACGAGUGUACGGUGCAGGACAACUUGCUGCAAACUAUACAACAUCGAGAGGAGGUACUCUGAAGCACCAACCUUCUUCUUCCACCACUCUUGCUGACGAGGUCGUUCUCCGCCUCACGCAGGCACUGGAGCAACGUGAACAGGAAAUCACUGAUUUGAGAGCAGAGUUUACAAACUUUAAGGCCCUGGUCAUGAGAGUCUGUUUGUGCUUGAAAACUAUUAUACAAGGCUGA